CACUCCUCGGCUCCGAGGACAGAGGCGGGUGGUGUGUAUUCAGCUGACAGCGGACUGAUCAUGGCGGGUAUGGCCCGGGGAAAGCUGAUCGAUGUGAUCAGGGACGAGGACACUUGUACCGGCUUCUUACUGGGAGGGGUCGGAGAGCUGAACAAGAACCGGAAACUGAAUUUCCUGGUGGUGGAGAAGGAGACGAGUGUGACGGAGAUAGAGGAGACCUUCCGGGGUUUUCUGCAGCGUGAUGAUAUUGGAAUCAUAUUGAUCAAUCAGUUCAUUGCUGAGAUGAUUCGCCAUGCCAUCGAUGCCCACAAUCUCUCCAUUCCAGCCGUGCUUGAAAUUCCUUUGAAAGAGCACCCAUACGAUGCCAGCAAGGACUCCAUACUGCGGAGAGCUAAGGGCAUGUUCACUGCUGAGGACCUGCGAUAAUUGCUCAUCGUCUGGAGGUUCCUGUUCUGGGUGUUGUGUAACUCUUGCAAUUCCAGAAUUGCACUGUAUGUCAGUGACCUGUUAAUAGUGGAAACUGUCUG